UGCAAGCCUCGGAACAGAACGAUGUGAGGUUGCGUGGGGAACAUAGCAAUACUGGUGCAGGUUUUUCAGCAUUUAAUGUAGGGUAAAUUAGACUUACUUUGAAAAGUAAUUGAAUGUACUUUAUUUUCAACGGGAAAAUGAUAUACCACAUAAAUUAAAAUUGUAGUAAUUAUCAGUCAUAAUCUAUUUAGUUGUAUUAUGGGAGCGCGUACAUUUGUCACGCUUUAUGCGUGUGCGCACGUAUGUUUAUUCGUUUGCAUACUUCAAACUGUCCAAUCUCAGCGGAAUCCACCAGAGACAAGGACACGAAAUAACCAAGCCGCAGGUACAUUACAGCAGACAAUACAAUGGGCGCACAACGGUAAAGUUUUUAGCCUUCUGAGUCACGGCUCGGAAUAUCGACCACCAAAGCAAAAAGGCGCCGAUAAAGAGCAAACCCGACCUGUCACCAUCAUUAGCGACGGGGAAGCCAACAAACCCUCUGAUUCCUCGAGACCGCUUCCCUCAUCUAUCCACACAGUGUCCCGCGCAGGAGCGCGCCCAGGCUGGCUACUACCUCGAGUUCCAAGGCCCCCUAGGGGACAGGGGCACCAGCAGCAGGAUGCCCAUCCAAGUGGCCAUGCAGAAACGAAGGCGAAUGACACGACGAAUGGGACGACGAAUGGGACACAGGACAAACCGUCCCCAUCGCCGAGAAGAGAAGACGUGAUGGCAGGGGAUGAUCCUUACAACCCAUACAAGACCUCAGAUUCAGAUAAUCCUUACUACAAUUACUAUGACGUGUAUGAGAGUCCCAGACGCAGAGAGAGACCUGGAUAUGGCACAAGGUACCAUCAGAACGGUCUGCCUGAUCUUGUGCCAGACGCAUACUACAUUCAAGCCUCUGCAUAUGUCCAGAGAGUUCCUAUGUACAACCUCCGAUGUGCAAAUGAAGAGAACUGCUUGUCAAGUUCAGCAUACAGAGCGAGAGACUAUGACACCCGCAUGCUGCUGAGGUUCCCACAACGUGUGAAGAACCAGGGGACGGCUGACUUCCUGCCAAGCAGACCGCGCUACUCCUGGGAAUGGCACAGUUGUCACCAGCAUUACCACAGCAUGGAUGAGUUCAGCCACUAUGACCUGCUGGAUUCCGGUGGGAGGAGUGUGGCUGAGGGACACAAGGCCAGCUUCUGCCUGGAGGACAGCUCCUGUGACUAUGGCUACUACAGACGCUUUGCUUGCACCUCACACACCCAGGGCUUGAGUCCAGGAUGUUAUGAUACCUAUAACGCAGACAUUGACUGCCAGUGGAUUGAUAUUACAGAUGUGAAACCUGGGAACUAUGUCCUCAAGAUCAGUGUGAACCCCAGCUAUCAGGUUCCAGAGUCUGACUACAGCAACAACAUUGUGCGCUGUGAGGUUCGCUACACUGGCAACUACGCUUAUGUGUCAGGAUGUCACGUCUCACACUAUUAAGAGGGGAAAGUCAUUCUCCAAACCACUGAGAAGCAAUUCUGUGAAAACUCCAUGACAGCCAAAGCACACAUGGAUAACUGCAAUUAUGUAAAAAUGGCCAUACUCUUAUCAAGUUGACAGUUUACCAAUUUUUUCAGGUUAAUGUAAAGAAAAACUCUUAGGUUCAUGUUAUGCCUAAAUUAAAUCAAAUAACAUUUUAAUUUUCACAUGCAAAUAGUCCGGGUAGCCAUUUGAUUAGCUGUUCAGGAGUCUAAUGGCUUGGGGGUAGAAGCUGUUAAGAAGCCUUUUGUACCUAAACAUGUUUUUGUAAAGCCAUUCUGUAAGUUCAGUGAGGAGGUAAUAAAAUAUGGAUUGAAUUACUUGAUAGGUUUAGAAUUAAAAGUAUAGCCUAUAUAUUACAUAACAAUAGUUGGUUUUAAAAGGUCUAAACCAAAUAAAUUGAAUUUCAGAUGUUAAACCCCCCCAAUAUUUGUUGAAAUUGCUUGUUUUUACAUAUCAAUUACAAUAUUCAGCACCACAUGGUAUGGAAUCCAUCUUCAGCUUGCUUGAAGAGCACAGAAUGUAGCGCAUAGUGAGAUACAGAUGAUUUUAACCAUGGCAUAUUUCCCUAAUCGUUUUAUGUGUUUUAUGUCAAACAUAUCAUCCCUUUCACCCAUUUCUUCUAUCAUUAUUCACAUUUGCUUGCUAUAGCUUGUAUGUUUACAACUCAAGUUCAAGGUCACUUUAGAUUUUUUUAAUGACCUUAAGGUUUUGGAAAUUAGUAUAUAUUAGCAGUACACAGAUCAGUUUUUGUAGGCCCAGGGAUCAACUUCCAAAAACGAAAUUUUGCAGGAAAUUAGUUAUAGAAUUGCAAAAUAUUCUCUCCGUCUCAUGGCAAAAUGUGUAGAAUUGCAGCAAACGUAUUUUAAAACGGCAACAUUUUCUCUACGCCCUGUGGAAAAAUUUGUAGAAUUGCAGGAAAUUAAUUCUAAAAUGUAUCCUCUGUCAAGAGGUGGGCCACUAAAAUGUUUUGCUCGCAAGUUGCUCAUCCCUGAGUAAAAGUAUUGCCCAUAAAGUACUGGAUACUGUACAUACUGUGCCCGUGCUCUGAACCAAAUAUUCAAGGAGAAAAUUAGGAUUAAUUUGUUUUGUGAAAUGCUUUUACUUAUGGUUAGUCUGCUAGCUAUCUCUUUUGUCCUGUUUUGUUUGAUAUUUAUGCAAUGAAAAAAGCUCAUAUUACUGCACCGUUUUUAUGUAUUCCAGGAAAUCUACUUGAAUAAAUCAUUGUGACAUUCA